UUCGGGUCCGGAUUAAACCACGCCAUUGUCAAAUCGUGUCGAGGGUUCAAAAACGCUACCGUUGAGACGUGACAGUGAGACUGAGGUGGUUCUCUUCCCCCCGUAGCUCCUGAGUUGAGGAGGGACUUCCCCUGAAGCAAACAAUAUGUAUUCGACUUCUGGUUACAGUAAUGGCUACCACAACCAGCCUCAACCAGUUGGAGCUAGUCACCGUGAGCGAGCCAGAAGAGGAACACGUGGCGGUCGAUCUCGCGACUCCAGAGAUGGUUUUAGGGUUUCCGCGGAGCUGCAGCAGCGGGAAAGUGAGCAGAAGGUCUCUCCUUGCACGGAUUUCGACAUGGCGUACUUUCAUUCCUAUGCUCACGUUGGUAUACACGAAGAGAUGAUCAAGGAUCGUGUACGAACGGAGACUUACAGGACUGCAAUCAUGCAACUACAAAGUCACAUUGAGGGCAAAGUUGUUGUGGAUGUUGGCUGUGGCACAGGAAUCCUUUCUAUAUUUUGUGCUCAGGCUGGUGCAAAACGGGUAUAUGCGGUGGAUGCAAGUGAUAUUGCAGUGCAGGCAAAUGAAGUUGUGAAGGCAAAUAAUUUAUCUGAGAAGAUCAUUGUAUUACAUGGACGGGUUGAGGAUGUUGAAAUAGAUGAGGAAGUUGAUGUUAUAAUUUCAGAGUGGAUGGGCUACAUGCUUUUGUAUGAGAGCAUGCUGGGAAGUGUUAUUACUGCCAGGGAUCGCUGGCUAAAACGUGGAGGUAUCAUUCUUCCAUCUAAUGCCACGUUGUACAUGGCACCUGUCACACAUCCUGACAGAUACAGUGAAAGCAUUGAAUUUUGGCGCAAUGUUUAUGGAAUUGAUAUGUCUGCCAUGAUGCCAUUGGCUAAACAGUGUGCAUUUGAAGAGCCAUCUGUGGAGACAAUAUCGGGUGAGAAUGUUUUGACAUGGCCGCAUGUGGUUAAGCAUGUGGACUGCUAUACAAUUCAAGUUCAUGAGUUAGAAUCUGUUACAACAAGAUAUAAGUUCAAGUCGAUGAUGAGAGCUCCAUUGCAUGGGUUUGCAUUUUGGUUUGACGUUGAAUUCAGUGGUCCCACAACAUCUCCUAUAAAUACCCUUGCAAACAAUCUUGCACUAGAUGGAGGCCAGAACAAAAAAAGGACAAAUCCAAAUGAUGCACUUGUGCUGUCCACUGCACCUGAGGACCCACCAACGCACUGGCAGCAGACAGUUAUAUACUUUUAUGAUCCAGUAGAGGUGGAGCAAGAUCAACUCAUUGAAGGUUCAGUAACACUAUCACAAAGCAAGGAAAACCGUAGAUUCAUGAAUAUUCACCUUGAGUACACUUCUGGCGGCCGGUCCUUUGUAAAAGAGUCGGUAAUGAGGUGAUGAGUCAUUCAACAGUUAAUCCCAAGGAAUGAUAAUUUUGCAAGCCUUACCAUUUUUAGAUUGCUGAAUGUGUGGUCAUCAUCCCUGUAACUCUAGAGCAAACAUCCACCCAUCUGAUGAAGCUGAAGCUGAUCAUGCAUGAUUCAUGGCUCUGACUAAUUGUUACCUUAAAAAAUGGAACUGUUAAAAAGUUGAAAUAGGUGAACCUACCGAGGAAAAUUGAUUAUAACCCUAUAUAAGCUACGAAACAGAUGUCACUGCUUUGUGUUGAUUGUUAUAUUUAUGAGCACGAAUUUAGAAAUGUGUCGAUCAAUCAAGUCCAACAGAUUUCUGACCAUUAUGUAAUGAACGGUGGCAUGAGUUUGCAGUAAUAGGAUUUUAAUCGUAUGAACUGCAUCCAGUUCUCACU